CGUAGUUGCGACCUUAUUAGGAUGCGGGCUGGCACGGUAACUUCCGGUGCGUUAGUCAAAGAAAUACAAGUCAUCUGCUUCUCAUUCCGAUUAUCAUGUCGGCUUUGUGGAUUCUCCUGGUUGUCAUAGCGGCGUCUCUGUGCCCUGGAGACUCCAUGUUCAUCAAAGACCCUCUGGCAUUCGUGAAUCACAAUACCCUGAAGGCCAUCUGCUCAGAGUGCAAGCAGAUCAUUCAGCGCUCUGCUAACAUGAUUCCCAGCGUGGACAGUAAGGGGCGCAUGUACGAAACCUUGCUCGCACUCUGCCAGCACCUGCCGGACAAACAGGCGUUGGAAUGUGACUCUCAGUUGAAGAUGUAUUUGCCCAAAAUCCUGCUGCAACCACCUGGUGACGGGGAAGUGGAAGACACCUGUUCGGCAUUCGGGCUGUGCGCUGUCCUCAAGGAUGAGGAAGAGGUGGCACUUCCCCACCAGGAUGCUGAGGAAGACGUGCCUGCGCUCACCAACACCCAUGUGCAAGAGCAGUUGAACCCGGCGUGCACCCUGUGCUUGUUUAUUAUCAAGAAACUGGAGACUCUGUUGCCCCAAAAUAUGACUGAGGACGCUUUGAUGAAGCUCAUGGGCGAGGUCUGCGAUCUCCUCCCUCAGAGCUACAAGGACGACUGCGACAACUUUGUCGACAAAUACGGCGUACAGAUAGUGGAGUUCCUGCUGUCUUCGGCCGCCCCUCACACCAUUUGCACGCUGCUGCACAUCUGUUUGUUCAGGGACUCUCCUGCUCCAGAGGCGCCCGUCCCGUCCGACUGCGAUUCCUGCCGUACGCUGGCCGCGCUGAGCCGACUUCGACUGGCCGUCAACGCCACUAAGCCUAAGACGUCGUCUUUCCUCGAGUCAGUGUGCGGUCAUCACCCCAAUGCCAUCCCAAAGUGUGAGGAGUUCACCAGAAUCUACGGCGCAAGACUGCAGCAGUUUUUGGGAAAGGAGGUGGACCAUAAAGACAUUUGUGAAAGAGCUGAUCUGUGCACUGCAAAGAAGUCCGAGCUGCUGGGAAGCAACCCUUGCACUUGGGGGCCAAGCUACUGGUGCAGAAACACAAACACAGCUCACAAGUGCGGUAAUGUUGCCUUCUGUGAGAAGCACAUGUGGAAGAAGUGAAUAGCUCAAUUGUACGUACACACACACACACACACACACACAAAGUAAUUGCCUCAUAUACUUGACAUUUUCAUAAUUUUUUUCCCCCUCCCUAAUUUUGGUCUGCAUUAAAAUAUAACUGGCAGCCAGCAUUCAAUUGCAACCACCACUUGUUCAGAAUGUUUCAGUUGUAGUCUAAUUAAUGAAUGUGAAAACUUUGUUGUGUGGUUGAUAUUAAAUGAUGACUGAAAAGACAA